CAGUCACCCUUGACAUGGUAAGUUAGAGCUUGAUCCAGUCACUAUGGGGGUACAGGGCUUGUGGUCGCUGCUGGAGGACCGGAGCCACAUCUACCAGGACAUUCGCUUCAGGGACAGCAAGCUGCUGGUGGACGGCACUAACCUGGCCUUCUUCCUGUACGCCAGGUCCAACCUGGACCAGAACCGUGGCGGGGAGUACCUGGCCUAUCAGGUCCAGGUCCAGGCUCUCUUCAUGGCUCUAGGUGACUGUGGAGUCAAACCGUACGUGGUGAUGGACGGAGGCACGGGCGCCAGUGACAUCAGACUUAACAUCAGAGAGGACCGUCAAAGACGCCUUCUCCAGAUUGCCCAGGGCGCCGCUCUGAAUGGCAGGAGGGCGGGCAUCCUCCCCCCCUUUACCACGACAGUGUUCGAACAGACGCUGAACGAUAUGAAGGUGCCGCUGGUCAGGUGCUUCGGAGAGGCCGACGGCCAGCUGGCUGCUCUGGCCAGAGAGUGGAGCUGCCCGGUGCUGUCCGGAGACAGUGACUUCUACAUCUACGACCUUCCAGAGGGGGUUCUGCCACUCAAACACUUCCAGUGGGACUCAUGGGAGACGAGACAGAACAGUAGUUACAUCCCCUGCAAGCGAUACACCAAGGCCAGCUUCUGCACCUUCUUCAACAUCGACCCCCAGCUCCUGCCCGUCUUCGCCUCACUAGCCGGGAACGACCACGACUGCCUCAGAAAAAUUCCCUGGGCCCGAUUCCUUCCAGCGGACUGCCCCAGGAAGUGGAUAAAGUUCCCCCGCCUGGAGGGCCUCCUGAGUUGGCUGGGAGCCAGGACAGACCAGACGGCAGAAGACACCUUGACAGCAGCGAUGGAUCUCAUGCCCAGCAUGAGUCAACAGGUCGAGACGGAGGUGCAGACGGAGGUGCAGACGGCCAUGCUGGAGUACCGGCUCCCCAGCUCCUCUCUGCGGGGGUUCUUCACUGAGGGUACCGCACCGUCGCUGCCCGCUGAGAUGUUGAGCUGGGUCCCUGAGUGGGUCCGUGCGUGCCUGGCCAGAGGAGACCUGGGAGCUGACGUAUUUGUGCACAGGCGGAAGAUUCUCCGCAUCCAGGUGGAGCACUUCGACCUACAGAGCUCCAACCUCACCUCGCAGCCUCUCAGACAGGUGUUGUACGGGCUGCUGCUGGGCCAGGGGGGGGGUGAGGUGGAGGAGUGGGACCGGGUCGGUCUGGAGCUCGUCAGUGUCAAGGUGCGACCGCUGGUCCAAGGAACCUCUCAGACGCUGAGGCUGGACUCUCUGCCCGAGGCAGACCCCGCUGUGAGGCUGCGGGUGUGUCUGGAGACGCUGGGCGUGGAGGAAGAGACGCUGGAGGGAGUUCCGGCUCACCUGCGCCUCCCAGUGGCUGUGACCUGCUACUGGUGGAGGAGGGCCAGCCCUGAACUGACGCUCCUCAAAGCUCUGCUGAUGGUCAUGGUCCAAGGAGAACUGAACCGACAGACAGCAGGGACAACAGGUAGGUAG